GGCGUGCCAGGUGAGCCAAGCUUCGCCAGUUUGAAGGGAGACACAGGCGGAGAGAGAGAUACCCACCUACGAGUUUGGACGCGGGGUAGAGUGUCAUAUGACAGCGCAAGUUCCCGCCGGUGAGAAAAGUUUAAAGUCCUCUACUCGACUUUAGAUCCAAGAUCAACUUUUGAAACUUUAAAAGAAAGACAACUUUUGAAACUUUGAAAGAAAGUGUUUUUUUUUAGAGUUUAAAUAGCAACAGAGGUCAACAUGGAUGAUCCAUAUCAUUUAGAAACCAUGUAUAGGUGGUUUCAGUACAGUGUGACAAAGGCUCCUCCGCACAUCAUAAGUCCGGCUGAAAAGAGAAAAUGGAAUAUCGAGUAUAUAGAACCCUACGGCAGAUGCACGAUCGCCACCAGGGACAUUGCCGAGGGAGAGGUGCUCUUCGUGGACCACCCAGUCAUCACGGGGCCCAAGCAGAACUCGGAGCUCAUGUGCCUCGGCUGUUACAGGCAACUUGACAGCUGGGAUAAAUACCAGUGCACCAUGUGCGGGUGGCCCUAUGGCCCCAGUGCAGACACCGCGGCUACCACCCCUCGAUUGCACCGCUGUUACCAGGCCGCCAAAAAGGAAUGUAUGGUGUUAUAUCGAGAAUUAAAUUAUGUAAAGAAUCAUAGCAAGAACUAUAUAGUGUUAUAUCGAGAAUUAAAUUCUGUUAAAGAAUUAUAUCAAGAACUAGUAUAG